CUCCCCAGGUGCUACUGGCGGCAGCCGUCUGCACAAAGGCGGGGAAGGCCAUUGUCUCACGGCAGUUCGUGGAGAUGACUCGGACCCGCAUCGAGGGGCUGCUGGCAGCUUUCCCGAAACUCAUGAACACUGGGAAGCAGCACACUUUUGUGGAAACAGAGAGCGUGCGGUAUGUAUAUCAGCCAAUGGAGAAGCUCUACAUGGUGCUGAUCACCACCAAAAACAGCAACAUCCUGGAAGACCUGGAAACACUCCGACUUUUCUCCAGAGUGAUCCCUGAAUAUUGUCGAGCUCUGGAGGAGAAUGAGAUCUCUGAACACUGCUUUGACCUGAUUUUUGCUUUUGAUGAAAUUGUUGCCCUGGGCUACCGUGAGAACGUAAACUUGGCACAAAUACGGACCUUCACUGAGAUGGACUCACACGAAGAAAAAGUGUUCCGAGCUGUCCGAGAGACUCAGGAACGCGAGGCAAAAGCUGAGAUGCGCCGUAAAGCAAAGGAGUUGCAGCAGGCCAGGAGGGAUGCAGAGAGACAGGGCAAAAAGGCACCAGGUUUUGGUGGCUUUGGUAGUUCAGCUGUGUCUGGAGGCACAACUGCAGCGAUGAUCACGGAGACCAUCAUUGAAACAGAGAAGCCCAAAGUGGCACCAGCGCCUGCCAGGCCCUCAGGUCCUAGUAAAGCUCUGAAACUUGGAGCUAAAGGGAAGGAGGUGGACAACUUUGUGGACAAGCUGAAAUCGGAAGGAGAAAAUAUCAUGACUUCUGUAGGCAAACGCUCCGCAGAAGCAGCCAAAGUUCUUGCUCCUCCCGUUAACAUGGAGAGUGUGCACAUGAAAAUAGAAGAAAAAAUUUCCUUGACCUGUGGCCGUGAUGGAGGGUUACAGAACAUGGAGCUGCAUGGCAUGAUCGUACUGCACAUCUCUGAUGAAAAGUUUGCACGGAUUCGCCUCCAUGUAGAAAACGAAGACAAGAGGGGAGUGCAGCUACAGACUCACCCAAACGUGGACAAGAAGCUCUUCACUGCAGAAUCGCAGAUUGGUUUGAAGAACCCAGAGAAAUCAUUCCCUAUUAACAGUGAUGUGGGUGUGCUGAAAUGGAGGUUGCAAACCACAGAAGAGUCCUUCAUUCCGCUGACAAUUAACUGCUGGCCAUCAGAAAGUGGGAACAAUUGUGACGUUAACAUCGAAUAUGAAUUGCAAGAGGAAAGCCUAGAACUGAACGACGUGAUCAUCACAAUCCCUUUGCCGUCUGGUGUCGGUGCCCCAGUGAUUGGGGAGAUUGAUGGCGAGUAUCGCCACGAUAGCCGGAGAAAUCUCCUUGAGUGGUGCCUGCCAGUGAUAGAUGCCAAAAACAAGAGCGGCAGCCUGGAAUUCAGCAUAGCAGGGCAGCCAAACGACUUCUUCCCAGUGCAAGUCUCCUUUGUCUCCAAAAAGAACUAUUGCAACAUACAGGUUACCAAAGUGACCCAGGUAGAUGGGAACAGUCCUGUAAGGUUUUCUACUGAGACCACCUUCCUGGUGGACAAGUAUGAAAUCCUGUAAUGCCAGCUAUGGGGAAUCGCAAAGGAAAAUUUUAAAUUAAAAAAAAAAAAAAUAAGAGGCCGAAGUUUAUUCUGAAUGUCUGGAACGCCGCAGCCCUCUCUCUGCUAAGACACAUGGCUCUAUCUGCCAUCUGCAGUGUUCCUGGGUCACAGACAUUUUUUGGCAGAGUAUUGACACGAUCGUGGGGAGAAAGGCUGCAAAUUUCUUUGGUAGAUUUUUACUGGCCAGCAGAAAAGCAAGAUCUCCGCAGAGAACCCGGCUUUGACACUUCCCCUUCUUCUCGCACGAAGCUGACUAGAGCUCAGUCCCAGAGCGUGCUAGACAUUACUCUCCCUUUUUUAAGCUUCACGCACUCUGUGUUGUUGGUGCUGCCAUGUUAAUUUCUCCUCUGCCUUCAACUUGUGUUUCUAUUGAUGAAAGCAGGCGUUAAGAUAAUAAGCACAAGGGCAUUUUGUUUCACUGGACCCUUCUGUCUGGUAGAAGUGGGACAAGUUGGCUCUGAUUCCCAAGGUGGGGAUUGUGGCAGGAGUGUGGGGGGAGGAGGGAGUCAUAGCUCAGAUGUUCAGUCCUUUUGCCUCUGCGCCAUCACAAUGGUGAACCUAUGUUUGGGCUUAUCAGGAGGCCUGCAGGCAUCCUGUUUGGUGUGGUUAGAUAAGGGUGGGCUUCUAGGGAGCAGAGACUGCACUUCUGAAUUCUCUUGUUGCUGCUGCGACCCAUGGCCCGUGUCAGGGUCCGCUGUCUAUUGCGAAAGCUCUCGGGCCAGCUUUUUAAAGCGGUUUCAUUCAUUUAGAACCAUCUGUGUAUCCUGACUUGAGCCGCUUGAGUUUCUUGGUAAGUUGAACCACUUUGCCUGUUGGCGUGCAGACCUAUAAACAGAUAUAAACAGAUGUGGAGACUGGUUUAUUCAGCCCGUGCGCAGAUUGGAAGUUCUGUUAGGACCUGCCUGAAACUAGUGUUUUUUUCUCAGCCCUUUGCAACGGAGAGGGAAGAAAUGCUAGUUUCCAGAGUAUGUGCUGAACUGAUCUGACCUUUGUGGAGCACGAACAGCCCCCGAGUGUGCUGUUUUGCCGUCGCAGAGAUUUUCUUCCUCUGACUGCCUGGAUAGCACUAUUUACUUCCUCCCACAGAACUGAGCUCUCUUCAAAAUUCAUCUUGUCCAUUUGAUUCAGGGCCUGUCACUGAGUGGUCGGUGGUCCCAGCCUGACUCCCGCUGGGCUGUAACUGGCCAACCAAAUGAUGUCGUGCUGCUGACAGUUGCUGCUGUAGGAAGGGCUGCUGGUUCUGAGCAGUGUGAGAGUCAGGCCACAGUGAAAAGCAAACAGCCUCCUGUCCUCAGAAGUCCUAAAAACUCAUGUACUGCACUCCAAGGAGAGUACUUCCACGAGAAUAAGUGUGUAUCAGUUCCCACAGGGCCAUCUGCCAAAGAAGUUAGCAGUCUCUCCUCUGUUAAUAGUACACACCAGUGAGGAAAUAAACCCUUACUCUUUUCAUGGGAGGGUGGCGUGUUCGGAGGGAAGGGAAGCAAACCCUGUUCUGUAGUGAAGUAGACAAUGAAUCCUAUUAAUUCAGUUGCGUUCAAGAGUUGCUUGUCUGUAUGAUUUUAAAAUGGAGUCGAGUUUAGUUCAGACAUCAAAGGAGCGUUUUUCUUAAAUUUCAAGGGUGAUAUUAAAAAAAAAAAAAAACCUCAGUUUUUGUAACCCUGUACAAUAAUGGCCUAGGGAAUAGAACACAUUCCAGUGUAUACAAAGAAUACAAAUUCUUUAAUCAAAUAAAGAGUAUUAUAAAAGGAAA